GGCCACACCAGCUCACAGCAACGCUGGAUCCCUGACCCACUGAGCGAAGCCAGGGAUCAAACCCACAUCCUCAAGAAUACCAGUCAGAUUGGUUUCCGCUGCGCCACAAGGGGAAUGUCCAACUAAUCUACGUUGUCUCGUGGAUGUGGCUACUCUGCAAGCUGCGUAUAAAUGAAUCCUACACUCCCGCCCAGAGCCCCACGAGCCCGGGGCCUGAGGACAGCCACUCGGCACUUACUCCUGAGCACCCACGCCGGCCGCCCCGCUCCUGCAGGAGGGAAGCACACAGGACAAGCUGGCCGCAGAGGACGCUCUCUUCCUGGGCCCAGGUACUUGCAUCUGCUGGAACUAUGCCCGUGACCCUUGCCCUCUUGCUCCUCCUGAGCCAGGCCAGCGCAGACCCAUGCUACCAUCCAGGGGGCCGCCCUCGCUUCUGCCUCCCGCCAGUGACCCAGCUGGCUGCCAUGGCUGCCUCCUGUCCCCGGGCCUGCAUCCUUGCCCCAGGGGUGGACCUUGGCCCCCGGGCCACCUGCAAUGGCAGUAUGACCCUGGGGCUGGGUGGCCCCUUCCUCCUGACGUCUGUCAGCCUGCGCUUCUGCACCCCAGGACCCCCAGCCCUGGUCCUGUCUGCCGCCUGGACCAGCGGAGGUCCCUGGAGAUCACUGUGGCGCAGACCUGCCUGGCCGGGGGCCUUGGGAGGCCCUGAGAGGGUGACCUUCCGAGCCCCACCGGGCCUCAGGACCAGCGUGGUGGCCAGUCACCUUCGCGUGGAGCUUGGGGGUCGGGCAGGGCUGGCAGCAGCAGGAGUGAGAGGCCGCUGCCAGUGCCACGGCCACGCAGCCCGCUGUGCUGCCCGCGCCCAGCCACCCCGCUGCCGCUGUCGCCACCACACCACCGGCCCAGGGUGUGAGAGCUGCCGCCCAUCCCACCGAGACUGGCCUUGGCGACCCGCCACACCCCAGCAUCCUCACCCUUGCCUGCCCUGCUCCUGCAACCAGCACGCCCGACGCUGCAGGUUCAACUCCGAGCUGUUCAGGCUGUCGGGCGGCCAGAGCGGGGGUGUCUGCGAGCGCUGCCGCCACCACACUGCUGGGCGGCAUUGCCACUACUGCCAGCCGGGGUUCUGGAGGGACCCCAGCCAGCCUAUCACCAGCCGCAAGGCCUGCAGGGCCUGCCAGUGCCAUCCUAUUGGGGCGACAGGUGGUACCUGCAAUCAGACCAGUGGGCAGUGCUCCUGCAAGAUAGGGGUCACCGGCCUGACAUGCAACCGCUGUGGUCCCGGCUACCAGCAGAGCCACUCCCCCAGGAUGCCCUGCCAGCGAAUUCCAGAGGCAACAACCAUGCUGGCUACGACCCCUCGGGCUUACAGCGCUGACCCUCAGUGUCAAAACUACUGCAAUACCUCGGACACCAAGGUACACAUGAGCCUUCGAAGGUACUGCCAGCAGGACUACGACCCUCUCAGAUGCCGUUCGGGGUCCCAAAAAUCUGAGACGUGUCCCACUUACAUGCAGUUCCCUACCCCGUCCAUCCACACCAGCCCCUUGACCUCAAAACCUCAGUUCUCCACGCGCAGGUGCUGGCGUCCGAGGCGGCUGGCCCCGUGUGGCAGCGAUUGGCUGUUCGCGUGCUGGCUGCGUACAAGCAGCGGGCCCGGCCUGUGCGCCGCGGCAGCCAGGACGCCUGGGUGCCCCGCGCCGACCUGGCCUGCGGCUGCCUGCGCCUGCAGCCCGUCACCCACUACCUGCUGCUGGGCAGCGCGGCUGGCGGCCCCGACCCCACGCGCCUGGUCCUCGACCGCCACGGCCUCGCGUUACCUUGGAGGCCGCACUGGGCCCGGCCGCUGCGGCGGCUGCAGCAGGAGGAACGCGCCGGGGGCUGCCGCGGACUGGGGCCCCCGACCCCAACUCCGAGCCCCGAACCCCCAGGUGGCCUCGAACGCCAAGGAAAGCACUAGAAACAAGGACCGCGUGAAGCUUUCUACCUCAAUGGCGGAUCCCUCAGCGAGCCAAUCAGACUCCGCAGAGCACCCGAUGUCACAGGCAUGCGCCAGCUCCAACCAGGCGUGAGGGACGUUUAGUCAAAGGCCACACACUGCAAGCAGGACCUUUGGUCUCUGGCUAGGACACGUGACCUGUGACCUACGUAAGGGCCUCCUCAAUAAAGCUUCAAAUCUUGGGGA